AUGGCGUCUCCCUACCAUGAGUCAAAGGCUGACAAAGCCGCCCGCGAGGCGGAGUACCAAGCACUCUGGCAGGUCUGCGAUCGCGCGACUCGCAAGCACGAGUACAUCUGGGCCGACGAAAGACUCAAGCGCUCUUUUCUCGAAGAUGCAUGUGACGCUCUCAUGCUCAAGAGACAGAAGCUCGGCAAGGCCCCCUGCGGAACUGACAUCGACGCCAUGGUGACCCUUCAUCUUCAGCGCGAAGUUACUGGCCGUCUUCUCGCGACUGCUCGUAUGACUGGUCCAGCCCCUGCUCCUAAUCCGAUGCCGUACAUGAACAAUGGCCCUGCGUUCAAUGCGCCGCAGAAUGUGUAUCCUGCAAACCCGGGUCCCUUCAACGGAAACCAAGGUCCUUACAACGGCAAUCCAGGACCCUUCAACGUCCACCCGAUUCCUCAGCCUCAAGCUCGAGUCUCCCCACCGGACUUUGACUUCUCCAUCCCGAACAGCGACGAAGACCUACGAGAAGACAUGAAUAAAGUCAUCAACACCCUCCGGGAGUACGCCAAACGAAUCGCCACUCUCGAACGCAGAGUCGACAAGCUCACUCGUGAGCGCGACAUGUACAAGGCUGGGACGAUUGACAUGGUGAACGCAGACAUGAGAAAGUCGGCUUCCGUCCCUCCAGGCAUGUUCCACUACCCCGUUGAGGGGGUCGAGGGCUUGUCCGCCGUCGCCUAUCCGCACCAGGGACCUCUCACGCCUAGAAGUCAGGCGCAGGGAAUGGAUGAGGAAGGGGAUGGGACGUAUCAGCCUGGAAAUUGA